AUGGAGGCCGGCCGCUUGGCCGUGGUCGCACCUUCUGAAUGCACGGCACGGAGUCCGAAUGGGACCCAAGUGCACCUGCUCUGUAUGUUUGGGAAAGCGCAGCGCCCGGCAAAGGAAAGCGCAGUUCCCGGCAGAGGAAAGCGCAGCGCCCGGAAAAGGACAGCGCGAAGGUGCCUGCGUGUGGCAGCUGACUGUGUCCUUCUCAGCGCUCUUAUCCUCUCCUCUCUCCCUCCGGCGACUGACUCCAGCUACAAGCAACAAUUCUCUCCUUUCUUCCUCUUCGGCAACAGACGCCCAGCUGCACGCAACAACCCCUCUCCUUUCUCCCUCUACGCCAACCGAAUCACACUUCCGCCGCCGCCGCCGCCGCCGACACAAUGCCAGAAAUCGAAAAUCCCGCAAGACCCUCGUUGGAGGGCAGCCAGUCGACCUCUUCGGUCGACUGGAGAUCGAUUUGGGCGCAGAUUCCCAUGCUGCUCGCAGUCGCCUUCGUCUGAUGGCUGGCCUCCUGGGCCUAGACAUGGGUCCAGUCCAGGCCCAGUGGACGACCUGGAGAUCGGGAGGGAAGGGGGGGAUGAUUCCGCGUCGGCCUUCCGGCUCUGGCUCCGGCAACACGGGGCCAAGACGUCGAACGGCGUGCACCCCAACACCACCCAUCUGAUCCAGGCCGGGGCUUCCCCGGACCCGACCAAGGAACAGAAGGCCAGGGACACCCCGGGUGUGCGCAGGAUCCCUUUCCGGGAGUUUAUGCUCAAGGCCAAGGCCAUCGCCAAGGAGCACAGCACCAUCGUCGUCCUCCCGCUACUGCUGCUACCGCUGCCGCCACCGCCACCACCGCCACCGCCCAGCACCAGCAACAACAACAACAACAGCAACAACAGCAGCAGCAACAGCAGCCCUUGCCCGCGCCCGGGCCGCCCGGGAACCCUCCCAUAUGGAAUUGCUGCUGUUACUGCGGCUGCUACUGCGGCUGCUACUGCUGCCACCGCCGCCAACACGCCUGCGCCUGCGCCCGCCGCCGCCGCCACCACCCACCAGCAGCAAGAUGCUGCCUCUUCUCCGUCGCCGUCGCCCGCGCCGCCCGCUUUCAUGCGGGCCACGGGCCGAGAUUGGGAGAACGAGGAUUGGGAGAACGAGGAUUGGGAGGACGAGGAUUGGGAGGACGAGGAUUGGGAGGACGUGGAUUGGGAGGACGAGGAUUGGGAGGACGUGGACGAGGACAAGGACGUGGAGCAGGACAAGGACGUGGAGCAGGACAAGGACGAGGAUGAAGACGAAGACGAGUACUAG